GUAUUGACAUUUCAUGGAUUGAAUGGAUCGAUGCAAACUUUUCAAGAUUUACAAAAUGUCCUCGCAGGCUUUGGCUAUAGAGUAAUUACAUUUGAUUUAUAUGGUCAUGGAUUAUCUGCUGCUCCUCGUUAUAAAUUUUUUAAGAAAUAUUUUUCUCAUGAAUUUUAUUGUGAUCAAGCAGAGGAGAUACUUAAACAUCUUAAUUUAUUUAAUCAAUCUCUUUCUCUUGUUGGAUUCUCUAUGGGUACGUUUGCAGCAGCAGCAGCAGCAGCAGCAGCAGCAGCAGCAGCAGCAGCAACAGCAGCAGCAGCAGCAGUUGGAGUUGGAAUUGUAGUUGGAGUUGUGUAUACACCUCAAUUUAUUUAA